AUGAACCCCAAAUUGGCAAUGGAUAGUCCACAGUUGACAGCAAUUCUGGGCGAAAUCGUCGAUGAUCUGAUUGACUCGUGUAUAAUGGAUGGAAUUUUCACUAUGCACCGAGCAAUCAAGCUGGAUUAUUUCCAUGUGAUUGCUCCGGAACAAACGGACGACGCAGAGUUUUCUGAAAACGGUUCUUUACGUUUGGGUGUGCAUUCGGGACGUGAGAGUUCAAAGACAGCAAGUUGUUGUCGGUGCGUCAAAUGUCAUUCAAAAGUGGCCGCCACUAGACGAAUCGCAGAGCAACAACGACUGGAAGAUUUCGAUGACGAAGCAGAUGAGGAUAGCACGGUAGACUCCCCAGCGGCUGUUUCCCAUUCCGAAGCCUCUAAUACUGGUCGUUGUGCCAACGGUGUAAACAAACACCAUUCUCCACUUAAACUGACCAUUUCCCUCGUGUCCGUCCCCGGUAAGUCUGAAACUGGUGCGAAGCAUGUGGUACGCGCGGUCAACGUGAAUCAUACAGUUGAGUCCACCAGAACUACAUCCGAUUCCCGACAAAUGCCCCGGUCAGCGAAAACGAACGUAACGGCACACAAAAGUUCCGUGUCCGGCCUUCAUAAGACGAUCGAAUCAGAUAUCGUGCUCAAAGAAGCACGUGUAACGCUGACCAGCCAGGACAUCCAUUUUCCAGAAAAUAUAACUGGGUGA